AUGAAAGAUGUCUUAAAUAUUUUGUACUGCCAUGGACUAGGAUCAUCUAUUAACAAUAGGGUAGGAACAGGGCUUGUGGAGUACUUCAAAAACAAGCCUUACUAUUUCGAGAGAUUGCUCUAUCGAAAUCCUGGUUCACGCAAUGUGCUAUGGAAUAUCUCAGAAUGGAGGGAAGAUAUUGAGAAGCGUGUCGCGGGUAAGGAAUGGGUAGUGAUAGCAAGCAGUGCCGGCUGUCAUGCUGCUCUCAAUGCAGCUAAAAAUCGUCCAAAUAACAUAAAAGGACUUUUCCUUUUUUGUCCGGGUGUAUCAUUAACGUUCAACUAUGUGAACACUAUCGCUCCUGGUGCUAGCGCAGCUCUUCAAAGUGGUCAAAGCCUUAUACAUCCUGCUUCACGAGGAGGACAUGAAGCGUUGAUCAAUCGCGAGUGCUUACAACAUUACCUUGAUAUGGUACCUUUUGAAAACUCGAUAGCACUAUCAAAACGUCUUCGCUCUCCAAAUGUUGAUUUAACUUUGGUGCCAGAAGGGACCCAUUACCUAUCGGUGGAUGAGCUGACAACAGAAAAACUAGACGAGUUCUUCGCUGUUGUGAAUCGCCUCAAAAAUACAUCAAGAAGAGGCUCAUCUUCCAAAUUGUGA